GGGAGUGAAGAGCAAUCAGGAGAGGCGAGGGCAGGCCGGGAGGGAGAGAGAAGAGCGAGGUAGCGGAGAGGGAGGGGAACAGAGAGAGGGAAAGGAGCGGAGACUGCAAGCAGGCAGUGAGAGCGGCGAGAGAGAGAGGGAGAGAGAGAGAGAGGGAGAGAGAGAGGGAGAGAGAUCACAGCGCGGCGAGACGGAGUGAGCAGACAAACGGAGGUAGCAGAGAGCGCGAGAGAAGGAAGGAGAGAGCCCGGACGGACGAGCGUCUCGCUCCACACGCUUCGCCUCUGCCCCCCCCUCCUCCUGCCUGUCACGGUUGUAGCCCGCGCCUCCGUCAUGGACAUCGACAUCCAGCACCCGUGGCUUCGUCACCCGUUCGGCUCGCCGCUCUUCUUCCCGGCGCGCGUCUUCGACCAGCACUUCGGCGAGGGCCUGCUGCCCAGGGACGCGUGCGCUCUGCCCGGCACCCUGGGCUCCAUCUUCUCGCCGCUCUACUGGCGCGAACCGGGCUGGCCGGCUACCCGGAGCGAUGUGCCUGCGUCUGGGGGGGCCGAUGGGAGCAAAGACAACCCCGAGGCUCGCCUGAGGAGCGGCCUCUCUGAGAUGCGCCUCGACGAGGAUCAGUUCGCCGUGCAUCUGGACGUGAAGCACUUCGCGCCCGAGGAGUUGGGCGUCAAGGUGGUGGACGACUUCAUCGAGGUGUACGCCAAGCACGAGGAGCGACAGGACGAGCACGGCUUCAUCUCGCGAGAGUUCCGCCGCCGCUACCGCCUCCCCGCGAGCGCCGACGCGGGCGCCGUGGCGGCGGCGCUGUCCCCGGACGGGGUGCUGAGCGUGCGCGCGCCGCUUCACCCGCCAAGCGCAGCGCCCGCCGAACGCGCCGUGCCCAUCACGCGCUCCGCAAAGUCGCCCGCCGUCAUCGGCAGCGACGACUGAGAGGCGGUGACCGCCCGGCCCGGCCGCUCGCCACCGCCUCGCGUGGCCGUAACCCAAACCUCGCCGCACACGCCACUCACGCCACACGCGGCGAUCACACCCACCGCUCGCAUGACACACAUCAGCAUACACACUGAGUACACGCGCCACUCACGCAACAAACACAGUGAGCAUACACACCACUCACACCACACAGUGAACACACGCGCCACUCACACCACACAGUGAACACACGCGCCACUCACACCACACAGUGAACACACGCGCCACUCACACACC